AUGUUUAACAAGAACAAAAACUACCACAACGACAACGACAACAGCAAAGAGGACCAAUCAACGGCCUCUGACGAUUCUCCGGCAGCAAGUCGUGAGUCGUCGAAACCAACAUCUGGGGGUCUUCCUGUCAUGUCCAACUCGCGUGCAGAGCCGAUUCGCAAAAGACUCGACGGUAGGGCCACAGCCAGAAAGACCAUCAACUUGCCACGUGCGUCGCCCAUGGCUCCCAUCACAAGCCGGCCUAGCCAGGCAAGCAGCUCAUCCGCCCUGAAUGGGGACACCUUACCCAGUGAGCCUAGUAGAAAGAAACGUCGUGUGGAUCCCAGCAGCACCACUGGCGACGAAACCGGGACACCAGCUUCUGGCUUCGGGCCGGCUGGUCAUCCCCUGCGUGAUUCGCGUUCAAAUCGUGACCUUUUCGGUUCUGGAAAGUCCACCAGAGGUCUACGGGAGACGCCGGCAAGUAGUUUCUAUGGCCACAGUCCCACAGUCAGUGAGGUUUCCAAGAACCGGACUCCUGUUGUCGAACUCAGAGACUUGCUUCAGGCAGACAAGGAACAAACGCCGGGCUCGGAACCAUCAAAUUCGAAAGCACCAGCGCCGGUUGUAGAACCGUCACCCAAGGUGUUUAACCAAGGCCCUGCCAAGUACUGGGAGGAGCACAAGGCCAUGUUGACAUCCCCAACAGGCCCGCAACUGACCCACGAGCGCCAAUUACACGAGGAGCAGGCAAUGAAAGCACCUGCAGUCUCGACCUCAUUUGAUGGCACAUAUGAUAUUUCUGGGAGCACUGUUACGCCAGGCAGUCAACAGCCCAAUACCCAUUCCGUCAAUUCACACCAGUCGCCUUUUUCAAUAUCAAGCCAGUCAAUGAGUUCUGGCGGCAGCUCUGACACGUUGGCUCCUCAGAUGCAAAAGCACCUUUUGAGGCUGUAUUCAGAGAACCAGUCUCAGCAUACGGGGCAGGAUUUGAGCCUGGACACGGGGCAAGGUUUGAAUGUGUCGAACCAAAGGCGCGUUCUCUUCCCAGGUGCGACGCAGGCUGCGUCCCAGAAUCCCAAGUCACAAGCAAAACACACGCACAAUGUUGAACAGCCAGCAGUGGCUCGACGACUACUUCGCUGCAUCAAACGGGAUAUACAAGCAAGCACGAAUGAAACAUCCAACGCAGAAUCAGAAGCGCUGCCCGUUGAGGAGAGGCGCCGCUGGCUGCUUGCAGUGGAUGCGCAGCCCGUGUUUGACAAUCUAAUCUAUAGCCAAAGCGCUGCACAACUGGCACCUCCACGAAAUGUACAUUUACCACCGCGCACGGAACCACCAGAGGCACGAAGCGCUCCGCUUUUCGCAGCCCUCAACCCACAGUCACAUUGGUGUCGACCGCGCUCAAAGGCUUGGCUCGAAAAGAAGGAAUCCGAGAUAGAGUCGAGAGCAGACCGGAAGGAAAGGUUUGGCAUGGCAAUCGAGAGUCUCGCCGUCCGCAGACGAGAGGAGGCCACUGCCAAUCCCGCCCCGGCGCUAGCACGUGACCCAUUCCCGGUGCAAGCCAACGGCAGGAGUCGUGGGAAAAGCAAUGCUAAAAGACCCUCCAGAGGAGGAGAAUCCGGACACGCGACGAAUGGCCUGAGCAAAAACACGUCCGCACUGGCGCGCAUGAGAGCGCAAUUCGACGCCUGGGAUAUUCAGGUCUGGGAAAAGGACAAAGAGCAGACCCGCAAGGACGAGGAGAUGGCGCAGGCUGUUCUGUCAUCUGUCCCUGGGAAGCGCGCGAGGCGUAAAGGCAAUGGCAAAUAA